GCUUGUGCAUCUAGGCUAACGCGUGGCCCACCCCCACGGCCCCCUCGCUAGGACGCUCCUGCAGGGCAGAUUCCCCUUCUGCGAGACACAGCGUCUUGGGCUUGCUUCCCUGCGCUCUCGGGGAUUGCGUGGAGUAGUCUCCGCCAUCCAGGGAUCUCUAGGGCCUAGUGGAGAAUGGGUGGGUGACAGCACUUGCCUCUUGCGGAACUGACUCCCUCGCUGUUCGUUCUUGUAGCCUAGGCUUUGAACCGAAGCUCUCUGAUCCAGGAUUCUCCAGUGCUCUGAUAGUUUUUCACCAUGCAUCGGAAGAAGGUGGAUAAUCGAAUCCGGAUUCUCAUUGAGAAUGGGGUAGCUGAGCGACAAAGGUCUCUCUUUGUUGUAGUUGGGGAUCAUGGAAAAGAUCAGGUGGUAAUCCUCCAUCACAUGUUGUCCAAAGCAACUGUGAAGGCUCGGCCUUCAGUGCUGUGGUGCUAUAAGAAAGAAUUGGGGUUUAGCAGUCACCGGAAGAAGAGAAUGCGACAGCUGCAGAAGAAAAUUAAGAAUGGGACCUUGAACAUAAAGCAAGAUGACCCCUUUGAGCUCUUUGUAGCGGCCACAAACAUUCGCUAUUGCUACUACAAUGAGACCCACAAGAUCUUGGGCAAUACCUUCGGCAUGUUUGUCCUCCAGGAUUUUGAAGCCUUAACUCCAAACUUGUUGGCCAGGACUGUAGAAACAGUGGAAGGUGGCGGACUGGUGGUUAUCCUGCUCCGGACCAUGAAUUCACUCAAGCAGUUGUACACGAUGACCAUGGAUGUGCAUUCCAGGUACAGGACUGAGGCCCAUCAGGAUGUCGUGGGACGAUUUAAUGAGAGGUUUAUCCUCUCUCUGGCAUCUUGUAAGAAGUGCCUUGUCAUCGAUGACCAGCUCAACAUCCUGCCCAUCUCCUCCCACAUGGCCAGCAUCGAGGCCUUACCUCCACAGGCUCCGGAUGAGAAUCUCAGCCCUUCUGCUCUGGAGCUGCAGGAGUUGAAAGAGAGCUUGCAGGACACCCAGCCUGUGGGUGUGUUGGUGGACUGCUGCAAGACCCUAGACCAGGCCAAAGCCGUCUUGAAAUUCAUCGAGGGCAUCUCGGAGAAGACCCUGAGGAGUACUGUUGCCCUCACUGCUGCCCGUGGACGGGGAAAAUCUGCAGCCCUGGGAUUGGCUAUUGCUGGGGCAGUAGCAUUUGGGUACUCCAAUAUUUUUGUUACCUCUCCAAGCCCUGAUAAUCUCCACACACUGUUUGAAUUUGUAUUUAAAGGAUUUGAUGCUCUGCAGUAUCAGGAACAUCUGGAUUAUGAGAUUAUUCAGUCUCUCAACCCUGAGUUCAGUAAAGCAGUGAUCAGAGUGAAUGUCUUCCGGGAACACAGGCAGACCAUUCAGUACAUACACCCUGCAGAUGCUGUGAAACUGGGCCAGGCUGAACUCGUUGUGAUAGAUGAAGCUGCCGCCAUCCCGCUGCCCCUGGUGAAGAGCCUGCUCGGGCCCUACCUUGUUUUCAUGGCAUCCACCAUCAAUGGCUAUGAGGGCACUGGCCGGUCACUGUCCCUCAAGUUAAUUCAACAGCUCCGUCAACAGAGUGCCCAGAGCCAGGUCAGCACCACUGCCGAGAACAAGACCACGACGACAGCCAGACUGGCAUCAGCACGAACACUGCACGAGGUUUCCCUCCAGGAGUCAAUCCGAUAUGCCCCCGGGGACGCUGUGGAAAAGUGGCUGAAUGACUUGCUGUGCCUGGAUUGCCUCAACAUCACACGAAUCGUCUCUGGCUGCCCCUUACCUGAAGCCUGUGAGCUGUACUAUGUUAACAGGGAUACCCUCUUCUGCUACCACAAGGCCUCUGAAGUUUUCCUCCAGCGGCUUAUGGCCCUCUACGUGGCUUCACAUUACAAGAACUCUCCCAAUGAUCUCCAGAUGCUCUCUGAUGCACCUGCUCAUCACCUCUUCUGCCUUUUGCCUCCCGUGCCCCCCACCCAGAAUGCCCUUCCCGAAGUGCUUGCGGUUGUCCAGGUGUGCCUUGAAGGGGAGAUUUCUCGUCAGUCCAUCUUGAAUAGCCUGUCUCGAGGCAAGAAGGCUUCAGGGGACCUGAUUCCAUGGACAGUGUCAGAACAGUUCCAAGAUCCAGACUUCGGUGGCCUUUCUGGUGGAAGGGUCGUUCGUAUUGCUGUUCACCCGGAUUAUCAAGGGAUGGGCUAUGGCAGCCGAGCUCUGCAGCUGCUGCAGAUGUACUACGAAGGCAGGUUCCCUUGUCUGGAGGAAAAAGUCCUCGAGACAUCCCAAGAAAUCCGCACCGUAAACAGUGAGGUCAGCUUGUUGGAGGAAGUUGUCACUCCCCGGAAGGACCUCCCUCCCUUACUCCUCAAACUGAAUGAGAGGACCGCUGAGCGCCUGGAUUACCUGGGUGUGUCCUAUGGCCUGACCCCUAGGCUCCUCAAGUUUUGGAAACGAGCUGGAUUUGUUCCCGUCUAUUUGAGACAGACCCCGAAUGACCUGACUGGAGAACACUCGUGCAUCAUGCUGAAGACUUUGACUGACGAGGACGAGGCUGACCAGGGAGCCUGGCUCUCAGCCUUUUGGAAAGAUUUCCGAAGGCGAUUCCUUGCCUUGUUGUCCUACCAGUUCAGCACCUUCUCUCCUUCCCUGGCUCUGAACAUCAUUCAGAACAGGCACGCGGGGAAGCCAGCCCAACCUGCCCUAGGCCGAGGGGAGCUGGAGGCACUCUUCCUCCCCUAUGACCUGAAGCGACUAGAGAUGUAUUCACGGAACAUGGUUGACUAUCACCUCAUCAUGGACCUGAUCCCGGCCAUCUCCCGCUUGUAUUUCCUGAACCAACUGGGGGACCUGGCCUUGUCUGCUGCCCAGUCGGCUCUUCUCUUGGGGAUUGGCCUACAGCAUAAGUCUGUGGACCAGCUGGAAAAGGAGAUUGAGCUGCCCUCUGGCCAAUUAAUGGGACUUUUCAACCGGAUCAUCCGCAAAGUGGUAAAGCUGUUUAAUGAGGUGCAAGAAAAGGCCAUUGAAGAGCAGAUGGUGGCAGUGAAGGAUGUGGUCAUGGAGCCCACGAUGAAGACCCUGAGUGAUGACUUGGAUGAAGCAGCAAAGGAAUUCCAGGAGAAACACAAGAAAGAAGUGGGGAAGCUGAAGAACAUGGACCUCUCUCAGUACAUAAUCCGUGGGGAUGAUGAAGAGUGGAAUGAAGUUUUGAACAAAGCUGGGCAGAAUGCCUCGAUCGUCAGCCUGAAGAGUGACAAGAAAAGGAAGUUGGAAACCAAACAAGAACCUAAACAGAACAAGAAGUUGAAGAAAAACAGAGAUCUAAAGAACAAAAAAGAUAUGAAACUGAAGCGGAAGAAAUAGUGAAGAAAAACUUGGGUCUCAAUGGCCGCCUGUGAGGAGGUACCUGACUUCCUAAGCCAUCUCUGGGUGGCAGCCUGGACGAUUAGAAACAAUUGGGGUCCCAACAAACGCACAGGUGGGCUGUGAUGAAGUCUGUAGGCCUGACUGUGCCCCUCUGUGGGCCCUACUGACUGAAGACCAAGUGACUCCCACACGCUUCUGCUUCCAGCGUGGUGGCUGGGCCGCCUCUGCACCACUAGGAGUGUGUCUCUCUCGGCCUCCAUCCUGGCCCUCCUUUCCCAUAGGUUUGGAUUUCACUGUGGCCAGCUUCUCGGCCUGGUUCCCACAUGUGGGAAAGCCAUGCUGACUGUCCCUUCCCAGGCCCUUAAGUAUUCAACUUCCUGGUGACGUUCAGGAGGAUGCUCGGUGGCUGCUGGGUCUCAUCUUGGACUGUCCCAGUGCCCUGAGACUCUAGUGCACCCAGUGGCCGCUGUUGUGUGCACCAGGGUUUGUGGAUGCCAUAUCCUGUUCCACUCCUGGCUUAGGCUUGUUGCCCUCAAGAGUCUCAGAAGAGCCCGAGCCUUUAAUUUAAGUCGUAUGUGACAUCUGAGUCCUCAAGACCUGUUAUAUCAUCAUUUGGGAAAAAAUGUUGGGCAAGGCCCUUUUGCUAGCAGGGUUGAGGGGAGGGAUAGAGAAUCUAUUUUUAAUAAAUAACAUCCUAGCAAGACUAUUUGCCUGUGGAUGCUUCUGAAA